AUCACACAAGCUUAGUCUCUAUAGUCUAUAGCUCUCUCUAAGCAUUUACGUAAUACCAUACUUUUAACACAGUAGUUAUAACCUUUUAACUUCAAUGGCAUCCAUAAGAAUAUAAGCUUGCAUUCUUGUGGUUAUGAGCCUUUUAAGUUUUGGGUCGUCUGAAAGUGGGAUUGGAACCAUCAAUGAUCCUCCAUACCUGCCAUCAGCUUGUUUUGGGUUCCAAGAUCAAGGAGUUAUGAUAGCAGCUGCGAACCAAGAUUUAUGGCAAGGUGGAGCUGCCUGCGGGAAAAACUUUCAAGUGACUUGCACAGGUGCAACCAACCAAGGCGUACCACACCCUUGUACUGACACCCCCACAGUGAACGUAAUGAUCACCGAUUUUUGCCCGCCACCUGGCUGCAAGGUCGACCUUGACUUGUCACACGAAGCUUUUUCUAUCAUGGCGGAUCCAAGAGCUGGAGGAAUCAAAAUCUCUUACCAAGAGGUGUGAGGAAGAAGUAUCACUGCAGUUGCAGUCGAUUCAAAGAUCUUUAAUAACUCUACUGACUGGGAUUUAGAGGCAUUUCCAUUCAUUUCAACUUCUAAUUGUCAUUUUGUUUUGAUGUUUAGUGUAUCUCUUUGUUUUGUUGUACGUUAGUUGUUACAUCAUGAAUCAAAGGUGCAUCUUCUUAAAAAUAAAUCUUGACCUCCA